AUGGAAAGGAAUAACAUCAUCAACUUCAAGGCUUUGGAGAAAGAACUGCAGGCUGCACUUAAUGCUGAUGAGAAGUACACGCGGGAGAAUGCUGCCAAGUUUCGGGCAGUGGAACAGAGAGUGGCUUCUUAUGAAGAGUUCAGGGCUAUUGUCCUUGCUUCACAUCUGAAACCGCUGGAGAAGAAGGACAAAAUGGGAGGGAAGAGAACUGUGCUCUGGAACUGUCACACUACUCAGGGUAGCACCUCCCAGGAUGAAGCCACUGACAUAGUCCAGGAGAAAACAUCCUUUCAGCCCGAGACUUCAGCAGAGUUCUACCGAGAUUGGCGUCGACACUUGCAGAGUGGGCCAGAGCGCUACUUGGCCCUGCUACAGCUUGGGGGCUCAAAGCUGGGCCACCUCUUCCAAGCAGAUGUGGGCUUUGGACUUCUAGGGGAGUUUCUGGUAACACUGGCUGAUCACGUGCAGCCAGCCGACCGAGUGGCUGUACUGGGGAUUCUGAGAAGCCUGGCCAACACUGGGCGUUUCACCUUGAACCUGAGCCUACUGAGCCAUGCAGAGAGGGAGAGCUGCAGAGCUUUGUUUCAGAAGCUGCAAGCCAUGAAUACACUCACACUCACAAACAAAGGGUCCAGCCCUGAGGAGCCAGGUCUGAGGGAGCAGCCUGGUGGGCCCCAGGAGGAAGAGAGGCUCUUGGAGGAGCUACUAGAGCUCUACCAGGUGGACUGA